AUGAAAAUCAAGAAAAAAAGUUCCAGCACUCUGUUUGACCUGGUGGAGGCAGUUGCACACAAGAACAAUCUACCUGUAGACACCGUCUCCCACCUUUUGGCUCAGGCUCUUAAAACCGCCUUCCUGAAAGAGUACCCCGACAACGUGAUAGAUGUGGUCGUGAAUCUUAAAGGAAGUCAAAUUGAGCUGAACACAUCCAAACCCAAGGUGGGUGAUUUAGUUUACAAAGAAGUGGACCUAUCAACCUUCGACACCAAGAUAACCACCAACAUACAGAUAUUCUUCAAGAAGUUAACCGAAAACGAGGAAAUCAAAGACGAAAAUCUCGACUACAUUUCCAUAGACGAUGCCAAAUUCUUCGGAAGCAACAAGAUAUCCGACAGAAUUUUUCGAAUGCACUUUAAAAAAUCCGAUGAUGUACUUAAAGACUACUUUGGAGACAAAUUCACCGAACAAACCGAAAGUAAGGACCAGGAAUCGGAUAUCCUUGAGGACUACAUCCACCUACUUGAUGUGGACCAGAAAGAUCUCAUUUCCAAAACUCCAGUAGUCACCAUCAUGGGUCACGUAGACCACGGAAAAACCACCCUUCUGGACAAAAUAAGAGGCAGUAAUGUAACCGAAGGAGAAUUCGGAGGAAUCACACAACACAUAGGUGCCUACCAGAUAUCAAAGAACGGAAGAUCCAUAACCUUCAUAGAUACUCCAGGUCAUCAGGCCUUCACCAAAUUAAGGGCCAGAGGUGCAAAGGUUACGGACAUAGUUGUAAUAGUGAUAGCGGCCGAUGACGGAAUAAAUCGUCAAACCAUAGAGGCCAUACAACAUGCUCUCCUGGCCAAAGUAAAGAUCAUAGUAUUCAUCAACAAGAUCGAUAAAGGAACCAAGAAUGUUCCAAACCUAAAGAACUCCCUAAUGGAACACAACAUAGUCCUUGAGGAAUUCGGUGGGGACGUAAUUGCCGUAAGUGGUUCAGCUCUCAGAGGAGAUGGGAUAGAUGAACUUUUGGACACCAUUCUUUUGGUCUCGGACAUGGCAGACAUAAAGACAACCAACAAGGAUCCUGCGGUGGGGACCAUAAUAGAAAGCAGAAUGGAGCGAGGUUUGGGUGCAACAGCCACAGUUCUUCUUGGAAGAGGGAAGAUAAAGGGUGGAGACCACCUAAUCAUGAAAUCAUCCAUAUGCAAAGUCAAAUCCAUAACCGACACCAAUGGUAAACCCAUAAAAGAACUGGAGCAGUCGGUCCCAGCCAAAAUAUCCGGCUUCAAGGGAAUACCCGAUGCAGGUGACAGAUUCAUCUCCUUCCGAGACCUUAACGAAUCCAAAGCAAAAGAGAUGCUACAAAAACUACAGGAAAUAGAAAGAAAGAAAGAAAUAACAAUUCUGGAGAAACCCAAAGGAAUAGAGGAUCUGAACUUCCUAAUUAAGUGCGAUGUAAGUGGAUCAAUGGACGCCAUAAAGAACGUCUCCCACGAUAUGGGGAUUCCUGUUAUUUAUGAAGGAAUAGGAACCGUAACCGACUCUGAUCUCCAGCUAGCUGUGGCUUCUGGAUCCAUGAUCAUAAAUUUCAAUCAAAAGAUACCGAACGAUAUCUCCACGAAAGCCAAAGAUAUGGGUAUCACCAUUAAGAACUACAUGAGCAUCUAUCAGAUAGAGGAAGACAUAGUACAAAUCAUAGAAAGCAAGAGAAUCAUCGAAUACAUGGAGGAACGUUUAGGAAGGGCAGAGGUGGUGAAGCUUUGGCACCACUCAAAAGUGGGUACCAUCGCCGGAUGCAAGGUCAUAUCCGGAACAAUAUCCAAGACCGACAAGAUAAAGGUAAUAAGGGGAGAUGAAAUUUUGGUUUCCUCCACAAUCAAGUCCUUCAAGACCGAAGACUACGAAAUCAAAGAAUGUUCCGAAAACCAAGAGUGUGGUAUUGUGGUGAACAACUGGAACAACAUUAAACCAGGCGACAUAAUAGAGGCCUUUAGAAUGGUGGAAAAGGAAGAUAAGAGCUAG